GGAAAUUUUGUGAUCUAUGAGUAACGAUAAAUGGAUAAAAAUUCUAAAUUUUAUUGGUAAAUGAAAAUAUAUAGAUAUAUUGAAAUAUUAUUGUAAAAGAGAUAUAUUAAGAAGAUUCUUCAUAAAUCGCAUAAAGUAGGUAAGAAUAGUAGAAAUACGAAUGUGUGUAAAAUUGUUCCGUAAGGCUGCCAUGUUUUCGCCCCACCGUCUCAUCAGAGCGAACGUGCAUCUUAUAAGCAGCGUAGCGUGUAUUGAAUCGGGUAGUAACACAGUUGCUUCAUUGCGAUUACUAUCGCCAAAAAUUUGCCAGGCGCCCAAUAAAUCUGAUAACUCAUUCGUUAGGACAUUCAGUGAUUCCUGUAAAAUAAUGGGGAAAAUAAAGGUUGGACCAGUUGUUGAUAUCCUGGGUGAUGAAAUGACAAGAAUUGUAUGGGAUGCUAUUAAGCAAAAACUCAUUUUACCUUAUUUGGAUGUUGAACUUUAUACCUAUGAUCUGGGUAUUGAAAAUCGGGAUACUACCAAUGAUAAUGUGACCAUAGAAUGUGCAAAAGCUAUUAUGAAAUAUAAUGUAGGAAUCAAAUGUGCUACUAUUACCCCAGAUGAAAAAAGAGUAGAAGAAUUUAACUUGAAACAGAUGUGGAAAAGUCCCAAUGGUACUAUUAGGAAUAUGCUAGGAGGCACAGUUUUCCGUGAAGCUAUUAUUUGUAAAAAUAUACCAAGAUUGGUAACUACUUGGACUAAGCCAAUUAUCAUUGGCAGACAUGCACAUGCUGAUCAGUAUAAGGCUGUAGAUUUUGUAGUACCCGGACCAGGUAAACUUGAGAUUACAUGGACUGGAGAUAAAGGAGAGAAAAUUCAGCAUAAAGUUCAUACAUUCAAAGGAUCUGGAAUUGCACAAGCUCAAUACAAUACAGAUGAGAGUAUUCGUGCUUUUGCUCACAGUUCUUUCCAAUUUGCUUUACAAAGGAACUACCCCUUGUAUCUUUCUACUAAGAAUACAAUUCUUAAGCACUACGAUGGCAGGUUUAAAAAUAUCUUUCAAGAAAUAUAUGACAAAGAAUAUAAAGCACAAUUUGAAGCCAAGAAGCUUUGGUAUGAGCAUCGCUUGAUAGAUGAUAUGGUAGCAUAUGCAAUGAAGACAGAGGGUGGUUUUGUAUGGUCUUGUAAAAAUUACGACGGUGAUGUUCAAUCUGAUUCUGUGGCACAAGGAUAUGGGUCCCUGGGUUUAAUGACUUCAGUCUUAAUUUGUCCAGAUGGACGUACAGUGGAAACAGAAGCUGCUCAUGGUACAGUUACAAGACAUUAUCGUCAGCAUCAACAAGGAAAGGAAACCUCAACUAAUCCAAUUGCCUCUAUAUUUGCAUGGUCAAGAGGUUUACUUCACCGUGCAAAACUGGAUAACAAUAAAGAUCUCAAACGAUUUUCAGAAUGCCUAGAAGCAGUUUGUAUUGAAACUAUUGAAUCAGGCAUUAUGACAAAAGAUCUUGCAAUUUGUAUUAAAGGAGUAAAUAAUGUUACUAGAUCUGAUUAUUUAGAAACAUUUGCAUUUAUGGAUAAAUUAGCAGAGAACUUAGAGAAACGACUUAAAUGACUGCCAUGCGAUUCUCGUGAUAAAAUGCUAUCAAAGUAUUAAACACAUAUAGAGAGGGAAUACUAUAACUGGUAAUGGGGAAAGAAACUGCAUUUAAUUCACAUAUGAUAGAUUGCAAAAAUGGAAUACAC